AUGGUUGCUGUACCAUCGAAUAGGAGAGCUAUUGUCCUCGCGAUCUUCAUUGCGUUUGAUUUGUCUCUGCCUACAGGAUUUCUUUUCGGAUACGACAUCGGUGUCAUCUCAGGAUGUCUGAUUAUGCCUGAUUUCAUCGACCGCUUCGGGGUUGACGGAGUUCUCGACAGCAGUCGACAAUCCAUCAUCACAUCACUACUUUCCGCCGGAACCUUCGUUGGUUCGCUGGCCCAAGCCUUCACCUCCGACAGCCUCGGACGACGACCUUCCAUUCUCAUCUGGUCCGGCGUUUUCACCAUCGGCGUGCUCAUCCAAACGGCCACCGAUAGGUCCAUCGUUCAAAUCACCAUAGGACGUUUUAUCGCAGGUCUUGGUGUCGGUGCCCUUUCUGCUAUCGUACCGCUCUACACCGGUGAGACAGUGCCGAAAGCGAUCCGUGGCAGUAUGUUGGUUCUGUACCAAAUGCAAAUCAUCACGGGUAUCUUCUUGUCCUACAUCAUUGAUCUUGGGACACACACCAUCAGCAACUCUGCGUCGUGGCGUAUCCCAGUUGGUCUCCAAAUGCUUUGGGGUCUCAUCCUCCUCAGCGGUAUCUUCUUCCUUCCGGAAUCACCUCGUCACCUCCUCUACCACGGCCGCGAAGCCGAAGCCCGUCUCGUCGUCGCCGAGCUUAAUUCUGUCCCGCCUGAAGACGCCCUCGUCACCGAAACCCUCGAAGAACUCCAAUUCGCCAUCGAUGCGGAGAACGAGGGUGGCAAAGCGUCGUGGCUCGAGUGUUUCAGCAUGAGGAACCAGCUCUGGAAGCGGACGUUGAACGGAAUGAUGUUGCAGUUCAUCCAGCAGCUGAACGGACAGAACUUCUACUACUACUAUGGUGAUACGUUCUUCAAGAGCGCGGGUACGACGCUUUCGCCCUAUGUCAUUCAGACCAUCCUCGGUGCCGUCUCCGUCGUUGGAACCGCGCCCGCCCUCUACCUCAUCGAAACCGUCGGUCGUCGUGACAUGCUUCUCAUCGGCUCCGUACUCGAAGCUAUCUGUGCCCUCAUCGCCGCCCUCGUUGGACAUUUCACCCUCGCCCCGACCGGUACACCGACCGACCAACUCACCGUGCGGAACAAGCGUGGGGGAGACACGCUCAUUGCGUUUGCGGUCCUUCACGUCUUCUCGUUCUCGAUGUUCUGGGGGACCCCCUGGGUUUUUUUGGGCGAGAGUUUUCCGCUCAGAGUCAGGCCGAAAAGUAUUGCCCUGGGCAGCGCAACCAAUUGGAUCUGGAAUUUCCUGCUUGGAUUCUUUGCACCUAAGAUUGCGGUAGAUAUCGGUCCAUUGAUUCUGCUCAUCUUCUUUGGUGCAUUGGUAUUCGGAUGGUUCUACGUCUACCUACUAAUCCCGGAGACCAAAGGCCUCUCACUCGAAGAGGUUGAUGAAAUGUACGCCUCUGGUGUCAAGCCAUGGCGCUCGGCAGCCUGGCGACCACAUCUCCUCGACCAAAUGCACGAACACCAGCAUCACCAAGACGUCAAGGAAGACAACAUCGCGGAGAAGACGGGUGCGGACGUGUCGGAGGCAUAG